AUGGGUGACUACUCGAAAGCACUUGAAUUUUACGAAAAAGCACAUCAAAUAAAAGAAAAAGCUCUGCCUCCGAAUCAUCCCGAAUUGGCUAUUUCCUACGGCAACAUCGGUCAAGUGUAUAACGGAAUGGGUGAUUACUCGAAAGCACUUGAAUUUUACGAAAAAGCACAUCAAAUCUUCGAAAAAGCUCUGCCUUCGAAUCAUCCCCAUUUGGCUACUUCCUACAACAACAUCGGUCUCGUGUAUAACAACAUGGGUGACUACUCGAAAGCACUUGAAUUUUACGAAAAAGCACUUAAAAUAAGAGAAAAAGCUCUGCCUCCGAAUCAUCCUGAUUUGGCUACUUCCUACAACGACAUCGGUCUAGUGUAUAACAACAUGGGUGACUACUCGAAAGCACUAGAAUUUUACGAAAAAGCACAUCAAAUCUACGAAAAAGCUCUGUCGUCGAAUCAUCCUCAUUUGGCUAUAUCGUACUGGCACUUCGGCUCGAUAAAUGAGAAGAUGCAUAAAUAUUCGGAGGCACUUUCAUUUUUAGAAAAAGCACUUUCUAUCUUUAAAAUAUCACUUCCACCUAGCCAUCCCCAUAUUCAAUCGGUGAGAAACGCGAUUGACAAUGUAAGAAAGAAAAUCUAA